UCUGAUUUACUGCACCUUUCAGAGUAAUAGUAGAGCUAAUAGACUCAGAAAAUGGAACGAAAACGAUCAAUAAACUAUCGUUCGGAAAGAUAUUAUCAAAAAUACCAGCAUAUCGCCAGAACAUUUUAAAUUUGAAACCACUUGGACGUAACAAACUUUUGGUUCUCCUGAGAUCCGGAGUAAUUGCCAACAAAAUGCAAGCAGAUAAAACACUUCAUAACCAGAACUAUAAGGCAUACAUCCCUAAAUACUUCAUCGCUAUCUCUGGCGUAGUAGCAGGAGUUCCUGUGGACAUGACUACAGAAGAAAUGCUUGCAAUAACUAUGUUAAACCGUUCAUAAGCAAGGCUACAUUCUGCACUAAGUGCCUGAGAUAUAACCACAACUCUACCAACUGUAGACUACAGCGAUGCGGAUUGUGUGCGAAGUUCCAUGAAGGAGACAACUACAACCAAUGCGAGAAUACUGUGAAAUGCCUACAUUGUCGAGCGGAAGGACACCAGACUGGAGACUACAAAUGUCCAGAAAGAACGCGGCAGAACAAUCUUAAAAUCAUAAUGGCGAAAACAAAUUUAACAGUUGUGGAAGCGCGAGAGCAAUUCUCAAUCUACACACAGAACCAAUACAAUUUACUUGAAAACCACGAAGAACAUCCCACAUUAACAGAGACUUAUGUUGAUAAAGUCAAAAGCAAUAUAAAAGCAAUACCACCCAAACUUCGAUCACAAAACACAAAGCGAGGAUCAGAGGACAAUAACAGAGGAAACAUGACGCAAACUCAUACAGACAAAAAGCGAAAAACUACACAGGAAGCUGCAACUAAUGGAGUAGCACUAUUCAACAGAUAUAAAGUCGACGAAAAAGAAAAGCAAGCAUGGAAGAGAGACAUGAAAGCAACACAAAAUCAAAAAGUAAUAGAAAACCGGACAGUGUCAGGUCGUAUGGAGUACGUAGAAGAACACCAAGAUACUUCGGAUGACGAGGACCAAGACCUGGAGGACCAAGAUAACAGAAAAUCAAUAUUAUCAACAUCUCUGAGACCACCAGAAGAGGGAAUUUAUGAAGAACAGGACACGGAAAUGGAAGUAUUAAAAUAUAAUAUUGGAAGCCGACACCUAAUCGUCAAAAUAGAAAUACAGGCAGAAACAACAGUGAAAAAAUGGUUUGUGAACAGGCAACGAAUCGAAGAACAAAUGAAAAACCUAGAAAGCGAAAAUAUUUCAACUGUAACAGAUUUGCAAAGGGAGAUGAAACAAAUAAUUCAAAGUGCUAGACAAAAAAGUACAUACGAACCCAAGUUUUGGUGGAACGAAGAAAUCGAAGAAGCAUGGAAAGAAAAAAAUAAAUUAAGAGAAAGGUUCAACAAAAGUGGCGUUUUAGAAGAUCUUCUAAAAUUCAAAAAAUCGGAAUGUCAAUUUAAUCGCAUAAAACACAGAGCAAAAGAGAUAAAAUUCAGGGAAUUUGCCGAAGAGAUAGACCCCAACACAAGCACCAAAGAAAUCUGGGAAAAAAUAAAUAGAUUAACCGGGAAACGUAGAAAAGCAGGUAAUUCAUUGGUACACUAUGAGCUGGAUUUAGCGAACGAGUUCCUAAACUUACACUUUCCUUUUGGAGAAAUCUACCCAGAACAUCAACAUGGGCCUACCGAGUACGACAUACUACCAGUUGAGCGAUGGAACAAAGUACUUAGCAGACGAACGAAAUCAACAGCCCCUGGAGCUGACGGAAUCACAUACAAAAUGCUGCGAGAUCUGAAGGGAGACAUAGCCGAUAAUAUCAGGCGGGAUCUGAACAAAAUGUGGAGAAACGGAUGAAUAGAUAACGAACUAAAGAAAAUCAAAGUAAUUGCAGUACCCAAACCUGGGAAAGACCCAGAAGUCGUUGCUAAUCUAAGACCAAUAGCUCAUUCUGUGCCGAACACGCAUCAGUACUGGACGUGUUUGGUGAUCGGUCCGAUAGAGUAUAAAACAAAAGACGCGUGAACAAGUGUUGGCAUUGUUUGCCUGGUCGAGUGAAAUAAAUCCGGGUUCAAGGUCGUUCCUUUGUGCAACUGUUUCGCAUCGUGACUGCCAGCUGGUGCGUAAGCCGAUUUGGCUGCUGGCUGGAUUGUGCUACAGCAGUGGACGAGACACAAACGAGGAAAAAGAAGAAGCCAUCAGUGUCAGCGAGUCGUAUCGCUGUGUGGAGUGAUCUCACACCUGGCUCGCUGCUGGUGGCUGUUUGGUGCUGCUGUA